AUUGCAAUGGCCCUAUAAAAAAGGUAAGACCUCCCAUUUCCAAGAGGCAACAUUGAAACACCUGCCUUCAUAACUUCUUUAAAUAAGUAAAAAAAAUAUAUUAUUUUCUCUCUCUUUUUGUCUCUCAAAGUUUUCUCACCUAGGUAUUAGGAAGGAUACAUAAAGUAGAUAUAUAUGAAAAUAAACUCGAGCCGGGUCGAAGAUUUAUCCGGCCAUGAAGCAUGCGAGAAAGUCACGGUUAACGUCCCGCCGGAGGACGGUGUAACGCCGGCGGCACCAUCGGAGGUGCACAAAGUUUGCUUGCCGCCGCACAAAACCACUUGGGAAAAACUAAGCCAGAGGCUCGGGGAGAUUUUCUUCCCGGAUGAUCCAUUUCACCGGUUCAGGAACCAAACCCCCGCCCGGCGGUUUCUCCUGGGGCUCCAGUUUUUCUUCCCCAUUUUCGAAUGGGCCCCGAAUUACACCCUCAAGCUUCUCCGUUCUGAUAUCAUCGCCGGCCUCACCAUUGCCAGCCUCUCAAUCCCGCAGGGAAUUAGUUAUGCCAAGCUCGCCAAUUUGCCCCCAAUUAUCGGCCUAUAUUCAAGCUUCGUUCCGCCAUUGAUAUAUUCAGUUCUAGGUAGCUCGAGGAAUUUAUCGGUCGGACCGGUGUCGAUAGCUUCUCUUGUGAUGGGCACCACGCUUAGCGAGGUAGUUCAUCACGAAAAAAACCCAACUCUAUAUAUCAAGUUGGCUUUCACUGCUACUUUUGUUGCUGGAAUAUUUCAAGCUUCCUUGGGGGUUUUCAGACUAGGGUUCCUUAUUGAUUUUCUCUCAAAAGCAACUCUUCUAGGAUUCAUGGCUGGUGCAGCAGUGAUAGUUUCAUUGCAACAGUUGAAAGGGUUACUUGGGAUUGUCCACUUCACUAACCAGAUGCAAAUAAUUCCAGUAUUAACCUCCGUUUUCCAUCAUAAAGACGAGUGGUCUUGGCAAACUGUUGUCAUGGGUGUGUCCUUUUUGAUCGUCCUACUCACAGCAAGGCAAAUUGGCAUCUGGAAACCAAAACUCUUUUGGGUUUCAGCAGCUGCCCCGCUCCUAUCAGUUAUUCUCUCGACUGCUAUAGUUUCACUCUUCAAGGAGAAGGCUAAUAUGUUCCAAACUAUUGGACAACUUCCAAAGGGUAUAAAUCCACCUUCAAUAAACAUGCUGUACUUCCAUGGCCCAUAUGUGAGUCAUGCAAUCAAGACAGGCAUUAUAGCAGGAGUCUUAUCUCUCACGGAAGGAAUCGCAGUAGGAAGGACAUUUGCUACUUUGAACAACUAUCAAAUUGAUGGUAACAAAGAAAUGAUGGCUAUUGGGCUGAUGAAUAUGGCUGGUUGUUGUGCUUCAUGCUAUGUAACAACAGGAUCAUUUUCACGAUCUGCAGUCAAUAACAAUGCUGGAGGACAAACUGCAGUAUCAAAUAUAGUAAUGGCAACAGCUGUGCUAAUCACUCUCCUGUUUCUCAUGCCCUUGUUCUAUUACACACCUAACGUAAUCUUGGCAGCGAUUAUAAUCACAGCUGUGAUUGGGCUAAUAGAUUAUAAGGCUGCUUUGCAACUGUGGAAAGUUGACAAACUUGAUUUCUUCGCCUGUAUGUGUUCUUUUUUUGGUGUUCUUUUCAUCUCAGUGCCGAUUGGGCUUGGCAUUGCAGUUAGUGUUUCAAUCCUCAAGAUCCUCCUGCAUGUAACUAGACCAAACACACAUGUUCUGGGAAAUAUUCCUGGAACUCAUGUAUAUGAAAGCAUAGGAAGGUAUAGAACAGCUACUAGGAUCCCAACUUUCCUUGUUUUGUCAGUGGAAUCACCUAUCUAUUUUGCAAAUUCCACCUACAUCCAGGAAAGGGUACUAAGAUGGAUUCGUGAAGAGGAAGAAAGGAUCACAGCCAACAAAGAAAGCGCUAUAAAGUGUGUUAUACUCGACAUGACAGCCGUGACAGCCAUUGACACAAGUGGUAUUGAUACAAUUCAUGAAUUGAGGAAAGCAUUGGAAAGAAAGUCUCUUAAGCUUGUGCUUACAAGUCCUGUUGGAAGUGUUGCUGAAAAGAUGCACAAGUCUGGCACUUUGGAGGCUUUUGAAUCAAAUGCAUUUUAUAUGACAGUUGCAGAAGCAGUUUCAGAUAUCUCCACUUCAUAUAUUCCUGAACCUUAAAGUUCAAUUGUUUUCUUGAUGGGAAAAUGAUUGGUCUAAGUGCUGUUGGGUUGCAUUAGUUUUGAAAAAAAGGAUUUACAAGACCCAAGGAGUUUAGGAAAAUAAACUGAGAAACACUGUUUUGCGUUUGUUUAUCCUAAGCUCUUCUAAGAUGAUGGAUGCUACAUGUGCUUCAAUGAUUUAACAUUAAUCAAAGUUCCCUAUUCCCAUCAUUUUUACCAAGUA